AUGGCUAUGCGUUCGUACGACUGCGCCGUGGCCUACACAGCUCCACUAUACCACGUACACGUACAGUACAUAUGGUCCAGCCGGAUAGAUAUUGUACUAUACCACGUACACGUACCCUUCCCUUCCCACCCCCCCCCCGCGUCUCUCUCGCGUGCCACCGCCGAUCCGGAUAGUCGACACCAGGCGGAGCGCCCGGCGGCGGACGACGAGGAGGGCAAGGCCUCGCCGCCGCCGUCCCCGGACCAGGCGCCGUUGGCCCAGCCGGCGGAGGCGCAGACGCAGUCGUCGGGCGGCCGCGGCAAGCGCGCCAAGGUCGCGGCGGUGGAGGUGGAGGAGCAUGACGGCGCCACCAAGUCGGCGGCGGCGGCGACCGUCCCAGCCGCGGACGGGGGCGAGGCGGCGGCGGACGUGGAGGCCGUCGCCGGGGUCUCGCCCGUCGCGCCGUCGUGCUUCAGGCUGCCUUUCCUAGCCGUGGUGUUUGUCUCGUUCGCUGGCGCCAUUCCCGCGCCGCCCCACCUCCUGGUACUUACCUAUGUCGAGCACGCCUCCGCCGCGUCCUCCCGACGACGCCUACGAGUCCUACCUUGGGUCCGUGCUCCUCUGCCUCCUCGGCCCCUCGGCUACGCCGGUUUGGUGGUAGGCUUGGCUGCCCUGGCACUACUUCGACUACCUCGCCGUCUCCAUCUACCACGGCCUCGGCUACAGCCACGGCUGCGCGCCCGAUUCAGGCCAGACUAUGAAGCUGGAUUGCAGGAUUUCCUUGAGCGUUUGACAAACUAUGAGAAGGUCUACGAGCCAGUGGAGGAAGGUUGUUAUAUCAAAAUGAUUGAUAUGGUUAAAGGGGAGGGUGGUCAGUUACAGGUGAACAAUAUCAGUGGCUGUCUCCCUGGUCGUAUUGUCCUUUUCUUGGUUGGAAUCUGUCAUCAUAGAGCUGGAGCGCCAGCGAGCAGCAGUGGUUGUUAUAUCCCACCAGGCCGUACUGCGAGCGCUGUACUCGUAUUUUGGCGACAGGCCUUUGAGGGAAGUUCCAGACAUGGAGGUAACAUGGGACAUUUUUAUCUUUUGUUGUUGCUCAGUUCUGUAUUGAAAACUCUCAGAAACAUUGCUGAACCAAAUCAAUCCCUUUGUAAUGUAAUCUAGAUGCCACUCCAUACCAUAAUCUUUCUGCUGACAACAGUAAUAGAUUAAGUUCAUUAUCAUUUUCUAUAAUUCUUAAAAUGUGAUAGAAAUUGUUUGACAUAGAUGCCAUAUUUGGAUGAGGGGUCUCCAUUAGAGAUGGACUAUGCAGAUACCUUAUCUGGAAUUGUGGAAGCUCGAACUUACACCAUUUUGUGCCUUCCCUGUGUAUCUCUUCUUUCUGUAGAUUGUUGUCACACGAAUUGUUGAGCUCUGUUGUUUUAGUUCUGUUGUUUUAGUUUUAGGUAUGGACUGUUUGGCAUCCAGUAGUUAUUAGUAGAUAAAAGAUAACUUAGAGAUCAUAUGUUCUUAAUACACACUAAUACUUCAGUUGAUCCUCUGAGCAAGUAUGAAGAGGAAGAAAAAUAUCAAGGAAGCAAAUGCUGACAGUGAGAAGAGGAAGAGGAACACCAAAUCAGAUAAGCAGGUACAUGAUAGCCAAGUAGAGGAUAGUCAAUAUUUGUCGAAGAUCAAUGUAACUUAGAUGCAUGACAUUGUGUUUUGCAACGUUGGUUGCAGAACAUGUUAAGGUUAAACAUUACAGUGUAUUGACGGAUCAUGUUGGAUCAUGUUUGUUGAAUAAUAUUAUAUUGUCCUGAUUGUUA